AGGGUUCGGAGGAUAUCGACUUCUUUCUGCACAGCCGCUAGUCGUCCAUCCAUCUUUGAUAUUAUUAUUAGUUUUCCAAUAUUCCCCAUCGGCCAAUAUCCGUCCCCUUCACCAUUAUCGGUUCGUGCAUGCAGAGACGGCAGCUCGGAGUGUAUGUGUGGCCAUUCAGAGCCACUUUCUUCGGCCCAAGUCGCGGAUCCUUCUUUCUUCUGCAAUGGCACGGAGAUUGGGUAAUGCCGGGGGGGCCAGCCCGACACUCCUACUGCGGUGAUGGCAAAAGCCUCUUGAAACAAAAUGGCCAUUUCUUACUGGAAGAGUCCGAAUGAUGAUAGGGCUGCACCGCCACAUAUCACCAGCGAUGCAAAUUGUUUCCGUUCCAAGUUGGGAAACGAGGGUAUUGCGACCAUCUUCGGCCGAGAUCCCCAUGUUGUGCCAUUCGCCUCGCCGCCGUCAUUUUGGACUGUUCAGAACUUCAGUCGCUCCGCGAGCCUCCAAAGGCCUCGAUCAGCAUGGCCAUCCGUAAAUGAGGUCAUGUUUGGGCGAUCCGGUCUGGACUCAGUGGCAGGGUUCAACCCUUCCACGGCAGACGUGGUAAAAUCAAAACAUGUUCAGGACAGCCAAGCGCGCCAGUCUACAGCCCCUGCGAGUGAUGAAAGGUGUUCAUCGGUGACCGGUCGUCCAGCUAAACGUCGAUGCCUGCAGAAAGAUGCUAGACCUGGACCUUAUGUAGGUUGUUCGGGCUAG